AUGGGGGCUGGAGGCAGCCUGGCUGUCGCUUUCUUUUGCUGGGUGCUGGCUGCAGCAGCAUCCCACAGCCCUUGGAGCUUCCCUCAAAGGGGCUCGGGGGUCUUGAGGGUCCGGGGGGCCCCCUCCUGGAGCAGCCCCCGUGUGCCUGCCUUCUCCCAGCCCUCUCCCUGGGCAUGGGUGGAUGUCUCCCAGCUGCAGGCCGCUGCCCCCCUGCACCCUGUGGCAGUGCAGUGCCAGGAGGCACAGGUGGUGGUCAGGGUGCACAGAGACCUCUUCGGCACCGGGCGCCUGGUCAGGGCUGCAGACCUGAGCCUGGGCUCAGCCUCCUGCUUGCCUGUGGCCCAGAGUGCUGCUGAGGGCACAGUGACCUUCCUGGCUGGGCUGCAUGAGUGUGGCAGCAGCCUGCAGAUGACCCCAGACUCCCUGAUCUACAGGACCAGCUUGUCCUACAACCCUUCCCCUGGCCGCCUGGGCAUCGUCAGGACCAACGCAGCCGCGGUGCCUAUCGAGUGCCACUAUCCCAGGAGGAGCAAUGUCAGCAGCAAGGCUGUGCAGCCCACCUGGGCUCCCUUCCACUCCACCAUCUCCGUGGAGGAGAAGCUGCUCUUCUCCCUGCGCCUCAUGAGCGAUGACUGGAGCUCGGAGAGGCUCUCCCCUGCCUUCCAGCUGGGGGAGAGCCUGCACCUCCAGGCUGAUGUGGCUGCCGGCAGCCAUGUGCCCCUCAGGCUCUUUGUGGAUGACUGUGUGGCCACCCUGAGGCCGGACAGGAGCUCCUCUCCUCGCUAUGCCUUCAUUGACCUCCAUGGGUGCUUGGUGGAUGGCAGGGCAGAUGACACCAGCUCAGCCUUCAUCUCCCCGAGGCCCAGGCAGGAAACGCUGCAGUUCAGGGUCGAUGCCUUCAGGUUCGCAGGAGACAAUGGCAACCUGAUCUACAUCAGCUGCCACCUGAAGGUGUCUCCAGUGGAGCAAGCCCCCAGCCCCUGGAGCAAGGCUUGCUCCUUCAACAGAGCCAGCAGCCUCUGGAGCCCUGUGGAGGGCACUGGGGACAUCUGCAGCUGCUGUGAGACCAACAACUGUCCCCUGCCUGGAGGAUACCCCCAGAGGAUCAGCCCCAGGGGGCCAGCGAGGCGUGUGAGGAGGGAGCCCCCUGCCAAGCAAGGUGGUUCCUCAGCAGCAGCAGAGGCUGAGGUCUCCAUUGGCCCACUCAUAAUCUUUGACGCAGCUCAGGGGUCAUGGAGCUCCUCAGAAGGCUUUGCACCAGCAGGGAAGACCUCCCCUGAUGCUGCUGGAGGACUUCCCCUGCUGGCUGCAGUUGCCAUGCUGGUAGCAGCCACCCUGCUGAGCUUGGCUGCUCUUGGGCUCUUCCUUGUGUGCAGAAAGGGUGACUGCCCUCCAGCAGUGUCCCUGUGA